AUGGCUUUUGUUUAUGUUUUAUGCAGAAAUAAACCUUCAUCACUAUUUUACUGUUCUGUCUUCUGCUCUCCUCUCCUUAGACUGCCUGUUUCUCGCCUUGCUUUAUCUGUCAGUGUCUCUCUUUGCUUUUUGUCGAUAUCUCUCUUUGCUUUAUCUGUCAAUGUCACUUUUUUUCUCUUCCUUCACUUGAACUUCUAUAAAUACGCAGCACUCCCCCCCCCUCCCCCAAAUCUAGUACUGUAUGUAACUAUCUCCCUCCUCUUGGGCUGUCGCUGUUUUUGCUCUCUUAAUGCUCUUUCUUUCUCCUUGCCCACUUUCCUUAACAAACUCUCUACAUCUGGCAGUCUGGAAGAGGACACAAUGGCUGAAGUGGAUGUCAAUGCACACUUACAGGAUUUUAUUGCCAGUGGACGGACUGGUCGGCGCAAUGCUGUACCAGACAUUAUUCAUGAUGGGCUUGCAAAAGUGAGCACCAGUGAUUUACCUUAUGAACUUGAGAAGUUGAAAUGUUCUGAUGAGGAUCAGAAAUCUGGAAUUGCUUGUGCUGCAGGUCCUUCAACAGAAGGCGGAAACACAGACUCCAAAACAUCAGAAGUAUUAGGAACAAUCAUUUUCUCUCUCUCUCUCUCUCUCUCACUCUCACACACUCUUUUUUUCCACCUCUCUCUCACUCUCUUUUUUUCCACCUCUCUCUCACUCUCUUUUUUUCCACCUCUCUCUCACUCUCUUUUUUUCCACCUCUCUCUCACUCUCUUUUUUUCCACCUCUCUCUCUCUCUUUUUUCCACCUCUCUCUCUCUCACUCUCUCUUUUUCCACCUCUCUCUCACUUACUCUCUUUUUCCACCUCUCUCUCACUUACUCUCUUUUCCACCUCUCUCUCACUUACUCUCUUUUUCCACCUCUCUCUCACUUACUCUCUUUUUCCACCUCUCUCUCACUUACUCUCUUUUUCCACCUCUCUCUCACCUCUCUUUUCCACCUCUCUCUCUUACUCUUUUUUUCCCUCUCUCUCACUUACUCUUUUUCCACCUCUCUCUCUCCUUUUUUCCCACCUCUUUUUCCACCUCUCUCUCCUUACUCUUUUCCCCCCUCUCUCUCACUUACUCUCUUUUCCCCCUCUCUCUCCUUACUCUCUUUUCCCCCCCUCUCUCUCCUUCUCUCUUUCCCCCCUCUCUCUCACUUACUCUCUCUUUCCACCUCUCUCUCGCUUACUCUCUUUCCACCUCUCUCUCGCUUACUCUCUUUCCACCUCUCUCUCGCUUACUCUCUUUCCACCUCUCUCUCACUUAAUCUCCUCUUCAACCUCACUCUCACUUACUUAA